UUCAGACAAGAGAAAGCUUCAAACCCUUUUCUUUCUUUGAUGUUUGCUGAUAAAACUUGUUAACCGGAUUUUUAAACUUAGUUGAAUGUCUUCAUUGCAAGGUCCAAAGAAGGGCAAAGAGGGGCAAUUAAUGGAAGUAUUUCCAGAACCAUUAAAGAGAUUAUGGAACGAAUGGGAGCUGAGGGCAUUGGUUCUUCUCAGCCUCGCCAUUCAAAUCUUCCUCAUAUUCUUCGGACCAGAAAAAAUGGUUAGAGGUAUUAAAGCCAUUGAAGUUGGAGCCGCAAGAAGCCCUGUAAGCUCCCAUAUUGGGGAAUACAAGCCAGUCGUGCACUUGGAGCUCCGGGAGUUGGCAGCCUCUAAGGAUGGUGUCAGAGGCAUCACAGGCAGAGUUUCACCAGAAUUUAGUAUGCAAUUCAUAGACCCAAAUGCUCCAUCAUCGAUCCAGUACUCCCUCAAAUCAUUCCGCACUCUCUUGCCAAUGAUGUUGGUUGCUAGUGUGAAUGAUGUCUCCGCAAAGAACCUCCCUGGUUCGGCAAUCACGGUUAAAUCCGAUUCACCUGAGAAGAAAUCUCUGAGAGCACCAUUGAUGGUAUGAACGAGGUCGUAAAAUAUUCUGGUGCAUGCUUUGAAGCCUCCACCUAUGUCAAGUACGUGCAUGSGAGGCAAGCCAAGAGUCAAGGCUGUGUCGAAUACUUGUUUGGCUGCUGCAAUCGCACUACGGUAGGGUUCUGGAUUUCUAGCCCCACUUCCCACAUGGAAUUCUACCCCAAUUACAUCCAAAGAGGACUCUUGGGCGGCUCUGAGAAGUGGGAUAACCUCUUCCUUCAAAGCACCAAACUUUGAUCCCAAUGGGAACUGUGCAUCCUCCUUUGGUGGUUUAAGCCGGAGUAGCAGUUUGGACUUGGGAUGACACCUUCGAAUCUUGUCAAGCUCGCACAGAGAGUCGAAGGUUGGCCUCAGCCUUGCACGGGUUGGCGUAGAUAAUGCGGUCUGGAGAGAGACCAAGUGCGAGGACAGCGUCAAUUUCAGUCGGGCUGGAACAAUCGAAACCUGCUCCGAGAGCUGCGAGUGUAGCAAGCAAGCAAGGAUCUGGGUUGCACUUGACAGCAUAGAAAGGCCGUAUGUUGGGGAAGCAACAGUUCCAUCUUUCCAUGAGGCUCAGUGUUACCCCAAGGUCUAGUAUAUAGAAGGGGUCCUUCACCUGUUGCUGCUCGGAAAUUACAGAUUGAAUGAAAUCGGUUAAGUCACCACCCUUCGAUAGGCUGCUCACUCUCUUGUUCUUCAUCUCAGGAGCUGCCAAGAUAGAUUCCAGAAUGGUGGAGUUGUGUCUCCACCCAUCACUGUCCUAUGCUGUUUUUCAAUGUGUAAAUGAAAAUCAAGAUUAUCAAUGUAAAUAAAUGUUUAUUUAUUUUUAUUGAAGUUAAUGUAAAACUUGAGGCAAGUGGAAUUUUACGUGGAUUCUUCCGUGUUUAA